UCAGUGCUGAACUCUAUACAUAAAUGAUGACUGAUGUCACCACGAUACUGUUGUUACUUGUUAUCUAUGUUUUGUGGACUGAGACACUACUAGACGUCUUCGAGUCUUAACUGAAAUUGGUUUUUUUGUUGUUUUCAACUAUUACUACUUAAUAUAUAUAUUUUUUUACUGUUUUAUAAUAACAACAAUUGAACUGUCUAUGAAAUGGCUUUACCAAAUAUUUCUGAUUUACCCAAUACACUAACAAUAUUAGAAGAUGAUUAUCUUUCACAAUUUGUAACAACCAAUACUGAAAAUAAAUGUAAGAAUAAUGUUGUACAGCUCACUGCAGAAGAGCAGUUGAAAAAAUUAAGUCAAGGUUUAGAAUAUGUUGACCAACUUAUAUGUGAUCAAACGUAUGAUAACCAUGAAGAAUUAUUUAAUCAAGUGACUUGGACUGAAAACUUAGAAUCAAUUAUAAAUGAAAUAUCAUCACAGAUACAGAACUUGCAAUCAUCAAUUGAACUACUUAAGUGUAAAAUUGUAGAUUUAUUUGUGAAAGUUCAAACUCAAGUUGUCAUAUUAAAUAGAUUACAUGCUAUUUGUGAUUUAUUAAGAAAAAUUAUGAGAACACAAAGUUUAACAUUGCAAACACUAGACAAAGAAAACGUUAUGUCUUCUCACUCGAUGUUAGAAAUUAAAGAAUUAAUUGAAGAUAAAGAUUUGAAAGAAAUAACAUUUUUAAGCAAAGAUUUAAUUAAAUUAAGUAACUUUUGUGAAAAAAAGAAUUUUAUUGGAUUGAAAUGACAUAGUUUUGUUAUUAUACAUUUAUAUAUUUUAUGGUUGAUCUUAAGUUUUAUGGAUAAUGUAAAUAUAUAUAUUAUAUGGUUGAAAAUUAUAUAGUAAUUUCCUUCA